UGAACAUGCUAGACAACAAUAAACCCGCCUUCUUCUGCAUGUUUUCUGCUAAAUGAAACUUACUGCAGCUCAGUGUGCACUGGUUAACCUUUAAGUAAAAUAUUUCUUGACAUAGGUUUCAUUACUCUUCUCUAUUCAUCCCGAGUUUGUCAUAAAAUGGUGUCAUAUAAAGUUUGCUUUCUCUGGACCCUACUGUCUCUCCAUGUCUCAACCCAUGGCUGGAAUCUAUUUGACAUUCAGACAAAAGAAUCACCCCAAGAAGGUGGAUUGCGGUUGGUGGGGGGUGACCUGCGUAGUAAUGGUCGUGUAGAGGUGUACCACAAUGGCCAAUGGGGGACAGUCUGUGAUGAUGAUUGGGACCUGACUGAGGCCCAAGUUGUUUGCCAGCAGCUUGGUUUCCCUGGUGCCAUCUCAGCCAUAGCAGGAGGAAAAUAUGGAGAAGGUUCUGGUCCUAUUUGGCUUGAUGAUAUGAAAUGCAGUCCAAAGCUUUUGUCCAGCUGUCAAUUUAAAGGCUGGGGUGUUACAGACUGUUCUCACAAAGAGGAUGCAGGGGUGGUUUGUGAAAGUGCUAAAGAUAUGGACAACGGCCAUAAGUUCCAAUUGGACCACAGCCUGGGCCUUUCUGAAGAGCUUGGGAGACUUUUUGAUAGCAGGGACAACUGUGAUCUCAGCGUUCAAGUUCGUGACCCCAGUGAAGCCCCAGCUGUACGGGAGACAAUUUGUGCCCAUAGGCUUAUUUUCUAUCUCUACCCUCAAUUUAAUAUUUCUAAAAGCUCCAACGAACUUACACUUGAAAUUAGCCAAACCUGCCAUCCUCAUAUCUCCAGUUUCUUGAGGUAUCUGUACACACGCAAGGUUGACGUCACCAUCUCUUCAGCCCAGUGUCUACACCAGCUUUCCUUUAUCUAUGAGCUGCAGCAACUACUGGAGGAGAUAGGCAAAAUCUUUACCUUGCUUCUUCCUCAAGACAGUACUUUCCAUACCCAUGUGUCCCUGUAUGAGUAUGGUGUCCGUACAAAUGACAUGCUGCUUCAAGAAAAUGUUCUCCAGUACCUCUCCUGGAACUUUCAAUUUUUUGUUGACUCUCCAGCAUGGAAAACUGUCCCCAUGCAUCUGUUGAAGGAGCUUAUGUCUCGUUCAGACUUAGUAGUGGAGGAUGAGUUUUCUGUGCUUCAGGAACUACAAGAGGUCCUAGCAGAGAAAGGAGAGGCAGUGAGUUUAGAAGACAAGGUCAGUCUACUGAGUCGAAUUCGCUUCCCUAUGAUUCCUGUCGAAAAACUUUAUGAUAUUCAGUUUAACUCAGGCAUGUACAAAAGCAAUGAAGAAUUUUACCGCAGUGCUUUGCUGAAGGGAUUUCAAUUCAAUACACUGAAUUUCUCGAAGAUCAAAGAGCAUUUUCAUUAUUUUGAAGACUAUCUGCCCAGGAUCUACACUGCUGAGCCAUGGAGCAUUGUAGUCAAUGCCACUUUUGAUAGUGGUUCUCGUCUAAACAGACAAUACAAUAUGCGUUAUAACUAUUAUAGUCAAAGCUAUAAUUCUCGCUCAUUUACCACCCCUGUCCAUAACAGUGUGAUUUACCAGGGCAAAACAAUCAGUUGGCAAGCGCAGAUUCUUCAAAACAGUUGGGAAUGCUCUAACCAAGGUUUUGUAUGUGACUCUUUGCCACUUGCCAGACUCUAUAUCACAUACAGCCUGAAUACAUAUGCAAGCACUAUUCGCUUCAACAACAAGCUGAUUCUCUCAUGCAAGGAUGAAAAUAUUGUGUUUCAUGUCCAAGAUUUCAAAAAUGACAAAGCGCAAAUUCCAACCAACACCAGUAUUGGUCUGGCCCAUCCCUGCCCUGAUGAGUAUCGCUAUACUUUUGUUGUGAUUCCUGAGUAUUUCUGAUCACAUUUUCCUGCACACUAAUGAGUCGAUGCUUGCAUUUCUUUUUUUUUAUAAUCUUCUUUCAAAUGACUGACAUUGAUUUCUUUCAGUAUUUCUGUAAACAUUUCUCCGCUGUGAAAUAAUAAACAUGAUCAAAUUCAUCAAAUGAUCAAAUUCAGAUUGAUGAAUUAUGCAAACAUUGUGUGUCUGUUGACAAGUGUUUUCCAUUAUUGUGUUCUCACAGACCAGCUUUGCUGCAUGAGCCACCUUUUCAGUUUACAAUGAAAUUAAGUAUGUCAGUAAAGUACUGAAAAUAAAUAAAUGAGUUAAUACAUACAUGGGGAAAAAAAAAAAAAAAUAUAUAUAUAUAUAUAUAUAUAUA